CUGGGCUCCUCCUCCUCCUCCUCCUCCUCCUCUCGCCGUCAGCUGGGCGGAAGUGGAGCGCCGAGCGGAGGGGAGGGCGGCUCCAUCUUGUGCGAGUCGGGAGCGGCGGCCGGAGGAGGAGGAGUGUCGGCGCUCAGGGCUAUAGCCAUGGCAGACAAAGAUAAAAGUGAGCUUAAAGCAGAAUUAGAGCGUAAAAAACAGCGCUUGGCUCAAAUCAGAGAAGAAAAGAAAAGGAAAGAAGAAGAGAGAAAGAAAAAGGAAGCUGAUCAGAAAAAAGAAUUGCCACAGAAUGAUGAGACCGACAUUGAGAAGAAACGAAGGGAAGCUGACGCUUUGCUCCAGAGCAUGGGCAUUACAUCUGAGAUGUAUUAUUUAGUCCCUCCUACGUCUCCUCCUUCAAAAUCGGUGAGUACACCAAGUGAGACUGGAAGCCAGGAUUCUGCUGAUUGCACUCUUGGGCCAAGGCGUGGAUUAAUCAAGCUGGAGAUGGCGAAGAUCACACAGGUCGACUUUCCUCCACGGGAGAUAGUUACUUACACAAAGGGAACACAAACUCCAGUCAUCACACAGAAGGCUGAAGCAGAAGAGGAGGAGGAAGAAAUUAUACCCAAGCAAGUAGCUGAACCAGAACCAAUACAAAUACAGAAAGAAGAAGAUAAAGAAGGUUUAUCUCGUGAACUUACAGAAGAGGAAAAACAGCAGAUAAUUCACUCUGAUGAAUUCCUCACAUUCUUUGAUCACAGCACUAGAAUAAUUGAACGAGCUCUUGCAGAGCAUAAAGAUUUGUUUUUUGAUUACAGUGGCAAGGAUUUAGAAGAAAGAGAGGGAGAACUCCAAGGUGGAGCCAAACUUUCUCUAAAUAGAGAGUUUUCUGAUGAACGCUGGUCAAAACAUCGUGUGGUUACGUGCAUGGACUGGUCACCUCAGUAUCCAGAACUCCUUGUUGCCUCGUACAACAAUAACGAGGAUGCUCCCCAUGAACCAGAUGGUGUAGCCCUUGUAUGGAACAUGAAAUUUAAGAAAACAACUCCGGAGUAUGUCUUCCACUGCCAGUCAUCUGUAAUGUCAGCUUCUUUCGCACGAUUUCAUCCAAAUCUGGUGGUUGGAGGAACAUAUUCUGGUCAGAUUGUGCUGUGGGAUAAUCGCAGUAAUAAAAGGACGCCAGCCCAGAGGACUCCACUCUCUGCUGCUGCCCAUACGCAUCCGGUGUACUGCGUGAAUGUGGUCGGUUCUCAAAAUGCCCAUAACCUGAUUAGUGUUUCAACUGAUGGGAAGAUUUGCUCAUGGAGUUUGGAUAUGCUUUCUCAACCACAGGAUAGCAUGGAGUUGAUGCAUAAACAGUCAAAAGCUGUAGCUGCUACAUGCAUGUCCUUCCCAUUGGGUGACGUCAACAAUUUUGUAGUUGGCAGUGAGGAAGGCUCUAUCUACACAGCAUGCCGCCACGGAAGCAAAGCUGGAAUUAGUGAGAUUUUUGAUGGUCAUCAAGGGCCAAUCACAGGUAUUCAUUAUCACACUGCAGCCGGACCAGCUGACUUCUCUCAUCUUUUUGUAACCUCUUCCUUUGAUUGGACAGUCAAAUUAUGGACAACUAAGAAUAACAAGCCUCUAUACUCCUUUGAAGACAAUGCCGAUUAUGUUUAUGAUGUUAUGUGGUCACCCACUCAUCCUGCCAUGUUUGCUUGUGUUGAUGGAAUGGGAAGACUUGAUUUGUGGAAUCUAAACAAUGACACCGAGGUACCUACAGCAAGUAUAACAGUUCACAAUAAUCCUGCACUAAACCGUGUGAAAUGGACUCAAACUGGAAGAGAAAUUGCUGUGGGCAAUUCAGAAGGCCAGAUACUGAUUUAUGAUGUGGGAGAGCAAAUAGCAGUUCCUCGAAGUGACGAAUGGACACGCUUCGCUCGCACUUUGGCAGAAAUAAAUGCAAACAGAGCUGAUGCAGAGGAGGAAAUUGCAGCAUAAAUAACAAAUCAGAAUUCAAGCCAAGACCUGUAUGUAGAGUUGGAAACAUUUCAAUUUACUGUCCAAUUAAUCUUGGUUGGUAAAACAGCUAAAUGAAUUGCUGCCCCAAAUUGCUCAUUCCAUUCUCCCUCCAUUCAGUAAAAUGAGUCUCAUUACAUUAUAAAAGAUGGUCAAAUUAAUAUUUGCAAUGUCACGAGGGUAGAAUUCUUAUCAAUUUUAUUAAAAAAUGUACCCUUCAGGAAUUGAUUGUAGCUGUCAUAAAUUUUAAUAUCUACUAUCAUAAAGGUUGUACUUUCCUGUAUUAGAUUUGUAAUUUAUGUAUUUUUCUGAAAAUCAGUUUUUAUGGUUCAGUGAUCCUGAUAGCCCAAUAUCCAUCACUGACAUUUUGAACUCACCAUGUCACAUGUAAGAGUCACCACCCUGUAACCAGUUGACAUUGUUGCACUUAAUGACCAAAAAGGCAAAGGACAAUGUGAGAAGUUAAACCUGCAUUUUUUCCUCGUAGCAUUGCUAUUGUUAGAAAUACAACUUGCCCUUAUUUGACUUUUGAGUACAUUUUUAAAACUUUGGGGAAUGUGGAAGUUGCACCAACAUUUAUAAGUCCAGACGGCUGGGCAAUGGAAAAUUCAGGAAAUCGAAACUAAGACAAAACACUGGACUCAGCGGCAUCAGUGAAAAAUAAAGUUAACAUUUGAGCUUUGUGACCUGACGUACAUCUUUUCUCCACAGCAGCCACUUGACCUGCAAAGUAUUUAUAGCGUUUUGUUUUUAUUAAUCUAUGUUUAACAGAUAAGGCAUAAAAAUCAAUCUUUACAAAUGCAAAAGCAAGCAUUUCUUUUAAUACUGAUCAAUAACAAUACUAAUUUCUUAAAAGGCCCAAAUUACUUCAGUGGAACUACUUUAAAGUGAGAUCUCUAUUUACAGAACUUUAAUGAAAACACCCAGGUUCUUAAAAUGGUUGUCAACUGCUAACUGUUAACAGAAUUUUAAAAAAUAGCCCAACCAUUGCAUAGUUCCAACACCUAUGUUAGCCAGCUUGACUGUUUCUCAACUGUCUCUGAACCAGCAAGAUUUUUUUAAAUGAUCAUGCCCAGGGUGCAACAUUUACAACUGGAACACACUUGAUAAAUUGAUCUUCUGAUACUAUUUAAAAGCAUAAUAGAACUUUUGUUAUUAUUUACACCAAACUGUCAGUAACUAAUGGUUUAAACUAGUCAAUUUGCUAGAUAUGUUUUUAUAUAACUUAUGACAAAUUGGCAUGAGUACUAUUAUAAAUAAAAUAUACAGGAAAGUAAA